AUGGAGGCGCAGGACCCGCUGCCCGCCGCGUCCGCGUCCUCGUCCGAUGGGCCCGGAGGGGGAGGAGGAGGAGGAAACGGUGACCACCGGGGACGGAGCCGCGGGUCCAUCCUCGAGGUGUGCUCGAUCCUCGGCCUCGUGGCCAUGCCCGCGGACGGCCUGUACAUCAUCUCGAAGCACGGCGUCCUCGGCCUCGUCAAGACGGACGCGCUCGACUACGGCAAAAGGGGCAUCCGGGUCAGCGCCGUGUGCCCCGGCUUCGUCGACACGACCCUCCUGAUGCCCCAGUACCGCGUGCUGCUAGACUGGAGCAUCCGGAAGAACCCGGGCAUACUCUUCUUAAUCACGGUCGACAUGCCAAUUCUGCCGCAUGAUCAAGCCAUUGAGCCUUUGAGGUCCUCAGUCACCGCGAAAUUAUGCCGAAACGCACACUGCCCCACUAAGCAUGCGGCUCCCAGCUUCGACUCCUCCGCCCCCAUCGGUCCCGUCCUCGUCGCGCAGGAGCAAAUCUCCGACCCGCACAGCCUCCGCAUCAGAGCCAUCCACAACCGAAACGUCGUCCAGGACUCGAGCAGGAAGGAGAUGAUAUUCGGCGUGUCGGAAAUGAUGCAUUCCUGGAGCGAGGAACCACCUUGA